AUGAUUAAACAAAUUUUAUUGACUAAAAAAUUACACCCAGAUAUUGAUGAAUGUAAUGAAAUCAUUAAGAAGGGUGUCUCAUAUCGUAUUGGUGAUGGAUUAUUCAUUUCGCAGGAAGGUUAUCAGUAUAAAGUAGUAGUAGGAAAAAUUUGCAAAAUGUUAAAUGAUGAAAAUGAAAUUUACUUCAUUUUAGAAAUCUCAGAUACUAAAUUUAUUCUUUAUUUGAGAGCAUAUCAAUUAGGUGAGAUGUUAGAGUAUAAAUGUUUAUCGUUUAGUGAGCUUAUUUAUAUGGAGGAUUUCACUGAAGUAGAUGACGAUGAAAUACUGCAAGAUUUGGCUUCAAAGAGCAAAGAACAACUGGUACUAAUUCUUGUUCCUGAUGGGAUUGAUUGGAAUGGCGAUUUAUCAACAAAAAACAGUCAAGUGUCUAAAGAACAAUCUGAGACGGUUACUGAGCCAAGCCCAUCAUCAUCUGAGCCAAUAUCAUCACAGCAAGCUUCUGAUUUAGAUAAUAUUUAUUGCAAAUUGUCAUCUUCGGUGCAAAAAUCACUCCGUACUGGAAAGUUUUUAGACUUCAAUGAAAAGAAAACUCUUAUUCACGUGGUUGCAAAUUACAUGACAAAUGAUUGUAAUGACACCACCCUCACAACGGCAAAGAAAAUGGGUCAUCGCAUAGUUAACAAUUACUCAGCUUCGUUUACAGUGAAAAUUGGAGGUUUUUCUCUAGAAGGAGCAAGUGCGAGUCUUGGACAAAAAAUUUAUGAUCGUAUCAACUACGCCAAGCAAGGUCAUCAUGACAAUAGAACUUCACAGUCAUAUUCAUUAGAAGAUCUUGAAGACUCAACAAAGAAACCAAAGACCCAGGAUGAGUAUGGCUGUGUAGCAUACUUACCUGAACUACCUCAAAACGAAAGUUGGGAAUCUCAGGAAGAGAAAAGAUUAGCAUUAAUAAAUGACUACGAAUCAUCUAAACCUAAAUUCAAGAAGAAAAAUAAAGGUAAAGACAUUCCCGACGAAUUGAGGCACAUUUUUAAUAAACAGAAAAAAGCCAAGGAAUAUAGCAUUACCUUGAAGAACAAGCGUCCAUAUAAAAAUAUACUGUUUGAUUUCAUCAACCAGUAUAUUGGCUCUCGAGAAAAACUCGAAUUCCUUUAUGUAUUAAUAAACGAAGACACAGAAGAUGAUAAAUUAUUAGAUUUUGUUGAUGUCCCGAAUCCAGUAUUAAUUAUUAGAGGAAAUGGUAUUCAUAACGAUUCGUCAAAUAAAUAUAAUGUUGUUAUCGAGAAAAGUAUCAUCAUCGGUGCCAAUUCAUUCUUGGAUGGAAUAUUGAUUACAUUUUUAACGUAUUUCAUUUUUGGAUUUGUCUACUCACCAGAGAUUGAGGGAACGUUAGAAAUAAUCCAACGUUGCGUAUAA